GUUAGCACAAAUAGACGCACACUCUGGACAGCUGCAGAUAGCGAAGAUUUGGCUUAUUAUUCGUCUGCUAGGCUCAAAGUUUCAUGGAAUAUAUAUCUUUUCAAUACUGUUCUCCCGAAAGCUUGGGCAAAAUUUUUGGUUAGACUUCCCAUUGAGGUACCAAGUAUCAACCAAUCGGAAUUUUAUGAUUUUUGGCCUAUUGUUCAAAAGUCUAUUUCUGGAAGCUCCACCAAUUUCUUUGAAAGAUUAUUACUUAGUACUGUUGAAAAUCUUAACAUUGAUGAUGAAGUUUUUUGUGGACCAUCAGUUUCGUAUGUGCUUGGCAAUGUU